AUGAUGUCUGGUGAUCUUUCUUCUUCCUUUUCCAAUCCUCAUCAAGCACCCAAAAUUCUUCCUCACCAAGUGCUACAAACAAACCCUAACUCCAAACCUAACCCGAACCCGAACCCGAAGAAGAAGAGAAGAAAUCUACCAGAUCCAGAAGCAGAAGUCGUCUCACUCUCCCCCACAACUCUGAUGGCCACGAAUCGAUUCGUGUGCGAAAUCUGCAACAAGGGUUUCCAGAGGGACCAAAACCUGCAGCUCCACAGGCGGGGCCACAACCUGCCGUGGAAGCUCAAGCAGAGGGCCAACAAGGACAUUGCAAAGAAAAAAGUUUACGUUUGCCCGGAGAAAACUUGCAUCCACCACAACCCCUCCCGAGCCCUCGGCGACCUCACCGGCAUCAAGAAACACUUUAGCAGAAAACACGGAGAGAAGAAGUGGAAGUGCGAAAAGUGUUCGAAAAAGUACGCGGUUAGGUCCGAUUGGAAGGCCCAUUCCAAGACUUGUGGGUCGAGGGAGUAUAAAUGCGAUUGCGGCACACUUUUUUCCAGAAAGGAUAGUUUCAUCACGCACCGAGCCUUUUGCGAUGCCUUAGCCGAUGAAAGUGCGAGACUCGCGGUGGCCAACGGUUUGAACUUCGUAAAUCACGAUCUCGUGACCAGUAACAACAACAGUAUCAGCAACAACAACAACAACAAUAAUAGUAAUGAUAAUAAUUUGAUUGGAGGAUUCACCGGAGGCUUCCGACCACCGGAUUUCGGCGGCAUAUCAGCUGGGAGCCCGUUUCUCAUCGGCAACCACCACAAGCUCGGACUCCCGUCGUGGUUAAACCACCAGACGAAUCAUCAUCUCAAUCCCAAUAUCGACCAAAGUCCCGAUGUUUUCACGGCCCACGACAUGAUUCAAAUGGACGGCUCGAACAAUCCUUUAGGCCUGGCCCAAUCAAUGGGAACCUAUUCGAACCUCUCGUUGUCUCCAGUGCAAGCCAUGAAAGAGGAUCCCACUUUAGCAGCCGCGCUCUAUAGCUCAGAAAAUGGCAAAACCCACAACCAUCAGCCGCAAUCUCCGGCGACAAUGUCGGCCACGGCACUCCUCCAGAAGGCGGCCCAAAUAGGGUCCACAAAGGGCGGGCCGGGUUUCUUCGGUAACACGGUCGGGCUUGAGAAUUCGACCUCUUCCCCGGCUUCUUCCUCAGCCGGGAGCGAGCUGAACCGGGUUUUCGGGCCGUCCGUAAACGGUUUGUUUGGUGGGGCAAUUGGUCGAGCACCUGGAGGGCAGGUGGGCCGGGGCCUGCAUGGUGCGGAGCACGCCGGCUUGACGAGGGAUUUUCUGGGCGUGGGCGGAAGGGGAGGGGUUGCCGGAGGGCCGUUGUCGCCGCAGGAGCUGGCGAGGUUCGCAGCGAUGAGCUCGGCCAUGGGGCUGGGCGGACGAUUUACCGGCGAAAGCUAG